AAAUGCCUGCUUCUUCUUCUUCUCCCUCAAAUGUUACUGUAAUCUCGAAAUGCACAGUCUUUCCCGAUCAAAAAUCCUCCAUGGAAGAUCUCAAGCUCUCUGUUUCCGACCUUCCAAUGCUCUCCUGUCACUACAUCCAAAAGGGUGUUCUCUUCACCCGCCCUUCUAUCCCUAUCGAUUUCAUCAUCUCUCUUCUCAAACAUGCCCUCUCCCGAACUCUCUCUCUUUUCCCUCCCCUAGCCGGCCGAUUGACCACCGACCACCAUGGCUAUGUCUACAUCACAUGUAACGACGCCGGCGCCGAUUUCAUCCAUGCUGUCGGACCCACUCUUCACAUCCGCGAUAUUCUCUCCCCAAUUCACGUCCCUGAAUCGGCCAAGAGUUUUUUCUCGCUCGAUCGGACUGUAAGUUACGACGGCCAUUUCAAACCAAUUUUGCUCGUUCAGGUGACGGACCUCGUUGACGGUUUGUUUAUCGGUUGCUCUGUUAAUCACGCUGUCUCUGAUGGAACCUCGUUCUGGAAUUUCUUUAAUACGUUUUCGGAAGUCUGUAGAAAUGGAACGAGGAGGAUUACGAAAUCGCCGGAUUUUAAACGGGAAUCGGUUUUGAUCUCGUCGGCGGUUUUGAAGAUUCCGGAAGGAGGACCGAAGGUGACAUUUAACGCUGACGCCCCGAUUAAAGAGAGGAUCUUUAGCUUUAGUCGAGAAUCGAUUCAGAGACUGAAAGCGAAAGCAAACGGGGGGAAAUGGGUAGACUUCGAUUGCGCAAUUCCCGUCGCCGAGCUAAUGGGGAAGAUCAACAACAACAACGACAAAACAUGGGUUAGAAAUUCGAGUCUUGAUUCGUCGGAUAUUUCGUCAUUCCAAGCACUCUGCGCGGUUCUAUGGCGAGCGGUUACACGGGCGAGGAAAUUUCCGUCGGAGAAGAUGACUACUUUUCGAAUGGCGGUGAAUUACCGGCAGAGAUUGGAGCCGAAGAUGGAUCCUUACUAUUUCGGGAAUGCGAUACAGAGUAUUCCGACAUAUGCAACCGCUGGAGAUGUGAUGUCCAGGGACUUACGGUGGUGCGCGGAGCAGCUGAACAAGAACGUGCUGGCGCACGGGGACGCUACGGUGAGGAAGUUUGUUGCGGAUUGGGAGAGGGACCCACGAUGUUUCCCGUUGGGGAACUUUGAUGGUGCGAUGAUGACGAUGGGAUCGUCGCCUCGAUUUCCGAUGUACGAGAAUGAUUUCGGAUGGGGAAAACCUUUGGCGGUUAGAAGCGGUCGGGCCAAUAAGUUCGACGGGAAGAUCUCCGCCUUCCCUGGCCGGGUUGGCGGCGGCAGCGUUGAUCUGGAGGUGGUUUUGGCACCGGAGACAAUGUCGUGUCUGGAAUCCGACCAAGAAUUUAUGCAGUAUAUCACGGCGGCUCAUUGAAAAUAAUACGUGAUAUAAUAACUCUGUCUUUCUUUCCUAGUUAACUUUUCUGUUAAUCUAAUCUUCUCUAAUUUGUAUCACAGAUUUUAUUUUGAUGUCACUAUAUAGUUU